CAGCCGGGACAAAAGCCCCCACAUUCCCCUCAGCCCUCCCCCCAAUUCCCUUGGGGUGAUACUGAGACACAUUCCAUUAAUUUUAUUUCUGAAAGGCCUUUGGAGGGAAGAAGGGUCUCCUUUUUGUGUGGGGCUCUCUCUGCUCUCCCUCUCUCUUCUUUGGCCUCCUUUUAACCCCAGAUAAUCCAUGGCUGGUUUGAGUAGGGGACUAGGUGCCUGUGUUUGUGUCUUGAGGAGUGUGUGUGAGUUGAAAAACAGUGGGGCAUAUUCGCUUUUUACAGCCUCCCACCCUCUGCCCCUCAGCUGGGUGCAGCGCUCUGCCCUGUGCCAAGUCUAGACUCGGCUCCUGUCUUCUCAUCGCGCUGACAUUUCUACUUGUUGAUCUCAUCCACUGAUUCCCCUCCCCCACCUUGUUUCCUGGGAACGCUGCCCACCCGGGAGACCCUCCAAACCUGAUUCUUGAGACUGAUUAUGUAAGGGGGGGGGACUUCUGCCCAUCUUUUUGCCUACCCUUUAUCCCUUCCCCAAAGGGACAGCAGGCAAGGGCUUCAGAAGUUGUGGUCCUUUGUGCCCCCUGUGUUUGGUAGCUGAGGGAGGAGCAUGAUUUGCUGCAUUUUGGGUAGCCCCCUGUAUGCCAGGGCUGUGGGGUUCAUCUUGCUAGGGAGGAAGGGAAGGGGCUCCAGGCUAAGUAACUCAGAACAAAGAGUUGGGAGAUGGCUGGCACCCUGUCUGGCUUGAAAUUUAUCUGCAGGGGAAACGGAGCGGCUUCACCUCACAUCUGGGUGUGUUUGAAGUAGUGGGUCUGCUUGGGGUGGGUGUGUGUGUGCGCGCGUGAGAGUUCUUUAUUUAGUCAUACAAUUUAUUUAUACCACCGCCUUCCCUAGUUUCAGAGGAAGUGGUUGGGGACCGGAGUCUGAGAGCUUAUUAAUUGCUUAACUAUUAGUAGCUGUACAGUCUGUGGAAGCACUUCCUUCAUCCCUGUGUUCCUUGCAGCUACCCUAUGAAGGAGGUAUCAUCAUCACCUCUUGUCUUACCAAAGGGCUCACCGGGCCAUAAGCACAAAAGGGUAACUUGCCCCCAGUCACACAGCUCAGCAGUGGGGAUGGUGGAUUUUAAACCCAGAUCUUUGUGUAAAUCCCAGGCUCUUUCUGCUGUUGGCUCUGGUAAAUAGAGUGCAGGUAUUUGGGGAUGAGGAUGGCGGAUGAGAGGGCUCUAGUGUCUGUCUGGAUCUAAUCCAUGGCUCUUCUUUGUCCUUUACUUCACCCCCUCCCCUUUCUCCCCUGCCCAAUCUGUCGGUCUCAGAGCCUCCUGGCGAAGUUCAGUUUUUAAGAGGACAACUAGAAAGAAUAGGUGGGAACCACAUCAAAAAGUAGUGCAGCCAUGCCUGUCUGAACCGCGUGGAGGAGUAAACCAGUAGAGUGGGUUCCCAGAGGAGGGGUAGAGGAACCCGGCGUGUAGUUUGUACACAGAGGGGUGAACAUGGGGUGGGCCCUGUUUGUGGCCUCGUUUUAGAGAGGUUCAGGUUUGGGUUGAGGUAUAUCUGUCCCCAAAGUAUGUCUAUCACAUAUUGCUUUGAUGUGGGGGUAUUGAUAUCGCUGGCUCAUGGACUGACUCUGUUAGGAGGAGAAGUGAAUAGAUUUCACAUUGAUUCUUAUCUCCCCACAACGGCAGUUUCCCUGACAGUCAGACAAGCGUAUUUGUUUACUUAGGUGGGUAUCGGUUGCUUGCUCUGUACCCGCAAGGAGGGGAGAUGUCUGCAAAUAUGUGUGACUUAUCCAGCUCAUUCUCCAGUGGUUGGUGAUUUAAAGUGGUUGGAAAGAAGAUAAUUCCACAAAGCAAAUCUGUUUCAGUGCGUAAAACAAUGGACUUCUUGGCCACCUUGGACCUGGUUGUGUUUAUUCCUCCCUGGAAUUCCACUUGUCUUACUGGUGGUCUUGAGAUUACACUCGACUGGCCUCUGGUCUCCCCUUCUCAGCCUCUUUGCUGGAUUCCCUCACUCACGUGCAGUGUGGAGUUCUUGAAUCCAAUGACACAGUCUGCUCCUGAGCUCGGUGCCGUGUCUCUCUGCCUGUUGCCCGUACCUCCAGCUCAGACGCCAGCUCACUGGAUGCCCAGCUGUCCAUUCCUCACAGCCAUGAGCUUCAAUGCGCGGAGAACAGUACUCACAGCCCUCUCCUCUCCAAGCUUGCUCCUCCCCACACAUGCUCCUUCACAAACAGGAUCGUCCCCAAUUCUCUGCCUCACCAGAGACCCAGUACCUUCUCCCUUGCUCAGGCUAGGUUUUUUUUUUUUUUAAAUUAUUUUGAUUGCAUUUUACUUACUUACUUUGUGUGUUACUUUGUGUGCUUGACUGCGUGUUUUUGUUGCUCCUCACCCCCUCAGCCAGCCUUUGAUUGGUUCUGUGAGUCAGUCCAUUUCUUACCUCUUCCUUGGUUCUGGUGGGCCAAGUCUUCGUGCCGAGGACCUCCUCACUGCUCUCUCCGUUUCGGCUUUUUCUUCUUUCCAACCCAAAUCUGCACAGCUAAAGAGGCUUCCUGAUAACCCUCGAGUAAACCCCGACCUUCCCAUUGCCUCCCGCUGUUCCUGUCAGCCGCUCUGCUCUGGUCCUCGGUUGGCGGUUGGUGGUUCUUUAAAUAUACCAGCCCUUUCUUGACUUGGCCUUCUCUCGUGUGGUGUUAUUCCUUCCUCUCCUGGGGCCUUUUCUCCCUCUCUUGGGCAUCUGUUUGAGUGUCGUGUCCUGCGCCCCCCAGUUUCCAGACACUCAGUUUAAAGUUCCUCCGUGGGGCUGGAGAUGUAGCUAGCUCAAUGGUAGAAUGCUUGCUUAGAACAUCCCCAAUACAUUUGCCUGUUGUCUACCGUCUUGUUCCCUUCCUUCCCCACGCUGACACGGCUGCUUGGGUUUAUUGGCUUUAGCUGCUCAGUGUGCAUCUUCCCCUAGACCGUAAACCCAGAGUCAGUUACACCACAACACCCAGGGCAUAGCAAAGUGUGUAGUUCCAAGUCGGUGAGUUUGAGAGGUUUGCUCCAUCCGUGAGUGAAGGCAGGAGGUGCCCAGGGCACGGUGAUGACUUCAGUUAGUGUUGCCAGCAGCAUCCGUGGAGAAGAUGACCUCGGUUGCUGGAGUAGCUGGUGCUUUUUUGUGAGAGUUGGGGCUGGGCUCUGAAGGAUGGGGGGGUGGCACUUGGAAAAUCGGGGAGGAGGUGCCACCCUCUGCUGCAGAGUUAGUCGUGCAGGGUAGAUGAAGGAGGCUGCCCAUCAGCCCAAAGUGGAGAUCGACUUUCCAUCUUGCAUGUCCAGAGAGUUUAGGCGUUUUGGAGGAUGCUUCUGUUUGUUUUUUACUUCACUGUGUUGUCAGUCUCCAUCCCCCAUCUACCCAUCAAUGAGAGAGAGAGAGAGAGAGAGAGAGAGAGAGAGAGAGAGAGAGAGAGAGAGAGAUUAUGUUUGUGAGCUUGUACAUACAUGCACGUGUUGCUAAGUCUCCCUUUUCCUGGCUGAGAAUAGGAAAGUACUGCCUUGAUUCUUCCCAGUGGGGCAUCCAAGCUGGGUUAUUCUGGGUGACCUUCUUGCCCUGGAAGCCUGUGCUGACAUUUGCCCCAGCCCUGAAUACUAGACACACUGGGGGUGGAGGGUCUUUCUAGCUGGCAGAGCAGGAGGAGCUGAGGCCAUUGGACAGAACAGGAACCCAAAAUGAGGUAUCCUCAGGGAUCGUCGCUUGAAUUUCUCUGAGAUAAGCCCAACUCGUCCAGCAAAAUAGAGUCCCUCAGGGUGACGGUUGACUUCCUAAAGGUGCCUCUUGGCCUGAAGAAGCCUGUGCUGAAGGAGGUGGCUGUGGGGCCCCCCAAGAGGCCCCAGCCCGCGGCCCUGGAGCGCUACAAGGCACGGCGUUCAGACGCCAUGGACACCGAGUCCCAGUACUCGGGCUAUUCUUAUAAGUCGGGCCAUUCCCGCAGCUCCCGAAAGCAUCGGGACCGGCGGGACCGACACCGCUCUAAGAGCCGGGAUGGGAGCCGUGGAGAUAAAUCGGUGACGAUCCAGGCUCCAGGAGAGCCCCUGCUGGACAAUGAGUCCACUAGGGGAGAUGAGCGGGACGACAACUGGGGAGAAACCACAACCGUUGUCACAGGCACCUCUGAGCACAGCAUCUCCCACGAUGACCUCACGCGCAUCGCCAAGGACAUGGAGGACAGCGUCCCGCUGGAUUGUUCGCGCCACUUGGGCGUGGCGGCGGGGGCCACGCUGGCGCUGCUCUCUUUCCUCACCCCACUGGCUUUCCUGCUUCUGCCUCCGCUGCUGUGGCGGGAGGAGCUGGAGCCAUGUGGGACAGCCUGUGAGGGCCUCUUCAUCUCUGUGGCCUUCAAGCUGCUCAUCCUGCUGCUGGGCAGCUGGGCUCUGUUCUUCCGCCGGCCCAAGGCCUCGCUGCCCCGAGUCUUCGUGUUGCGCGCCUUGCUCAUGGUGCUCGUCUUCCUGCUGGUUAUCUCCUACUGGCUCUUCUACGGCGUGCGCAUCUUGGAUGCCCGGGAGCGCAGCUACCAGGGCGUGGUGCAGUUUGCCGUUUCGCUAGUGGACGCCCUGCUCUUCGUGCACUACCUGGCUGUGGUUCUGCUGGAGCUACGCCAGCUCCAGCCCCAGUUCACGCUCAAGGUCGUGCGAUCGACGGACGGGGCCAGCCGCUUCUACAAUGUCGGCCAUCUCAGCAUCCAGCGAGUGGCAGUGUGGAUCCUGGAGAAGUAUUACCAUGACUUCCCUGUCUACAACCCCGCCCUCCUCAACCUGCCCAAGUCCGUCCUGGCCAAGAAAGUGUCUGGCUUCAAGGUGUAUUCUCUCGGAGAGGAAAACAGCACCAAUAACUCCACUGGCCAGUCAAGGGCUGUGAUUGCGGCAGCGGCGCGGAGGCGGGACAACAGCCACAACGAGUAUUACUACGAGGAGGCCGAGCAUGAGCGCAGAGUGCGCAAGCGCAGGGCCAGGCUCGUGGUGGCGGUGGAGGAGGCCUUCACUCACAUUAAGCGGCUGCAGGAAGAGGAGCAGAAGAACCCCAGGGAGGUGAUGGAUCCCCGGGAAGCAGCCCAAGCCAUCUUUGCAUCCAUGGCCCGUGCCAUGCAGAAGUACCUUCGGACCACCAAGCAGCAGCCUUACCACACCAUGGAGAGCAUCCUGCAGCACCUGGAAUUCUGCAUCACUCACGACAUGACACCCAAGGCCUUUCUGGAGCGAUACUUGGCAGCUGGACCUACCAUCCAGUACCACAAGGAACGUUGGCUGGCCAAACAGUGGACCUUGGUGAGCGAGGAGCCGGUGACCAACGGGCUUAAGGAUGGCAUCGUUUUCCUCUUAAAACGCCAGGACUUCAGCCUGGUGGUGAGCACCAAGAAGGUGCCCUUCUUCAAACUCUCUGAGGAAUUUGUGGAUCCCAAGUCACAUAAGUUUGUCAUGCGGCUGCAGUCGGAGACCUCCGUGUGACUUUGCGACGGCAGGGGAGGGGGAUGUGGGGGUUUCUGCGGAGUGGGGAGUGGCUUGGAUCUCGGGCCCCGUCACGUGUCUGCCACCCUCCUUCCUCUCGCUCUUGCUUUUGUUUUUUGUUUUUUUUUUUUACUUGAAUUAACUUAUCCUGUAUCUGGUCUCCACCCCUCUUCCUCAGUUUCCCCAUGUAAAUCUGGAGAGACCACCUUGCUUUAACAAUAUCUGGGAACCACCCUGCUCCCCACCCCCAAGUUUGUAUCACUCCAGGCUCUGCAGGAAACAGUGCCUCCUACCCCGUUCGUCCCCUGGGUGGAAGUCCCUCCUCAAAGGGCGCGCGUGCAGGGCCUUGAUUGUACCCUAACCCAGAGCUCCCACUUAAUAGACCUAAGUUCGCAGAGCCCUGCUCUCCAGUGGCCUCUAAUAGGGGUUCUCUGGGGGGGGGGCAGGGGCGGCACAGCUUUGAUCCUAGAGAGCCAUGGUGCCAAACUCCUGCGGGACAGCAGCUAGCCCUAUUCCUUGUCCCCACCCAUAGCCCCGAGUCCCCGGGCAAGGAUGCACCCGUGACAGUAGUCCCAGAGUUAGGAAUCUCCCUGCAGUGUUACUUGCUUCCCACUGUUACAGCUGUGCUUUCCUGGUCCACACACAUACACAGAACAAGCAGGGAGCCCCACCUGCCCCCCCAGGAGUCUUCACUGCUGUUCCUGACCUGUGUGAUCACAUGAUCAUAGGCAAACUGAGGUGGAACCUCUUUGACCACUUGACCAGGGCUGUGGGGGAGGUCCCAGUAUUUCCUGAGGGGAAGGGCGGGAGAGACCCCUGAGGUUGGAGAGACCCUUGUCAUUGACCCCCCCCCCCAUCCCUCUGAACCCAUUGACCUUUACCCCUCUGAGCUGUUCAUUCCCACCCUUACCUGUGAAGGAUGCAUGUCAACUUCUGUCGGGACUUUAUGACGUGCAGACCCUGACCAACCCUAUGGUCUUAAGACAUUUUUCUUCUCUGCACCAGCUACCCCAAUCCUGUUGACUUGCAGCUCUAGAGACCUGUGGCCUCAUCUCUUCUUAGGGGAGGGCCCAGCAGCUCCUUCUCAUCCCCUGCCUUAAGUCCAGUUCUUUGCCUCAGGGGUCUCUUUUCCAUGGCCUUCCAGGGUCCCAUCCUCUUCUCUCCCUGCCUCGCUUUCUAGGCUCCAUAUUGGGGCGAGGGACCAGGAUUCCUGCCUUUUAUGGGUCUUAGCUCCUCACCCCAUUUUAACUAACAUAGCCUUUGCACCGAAUCUGACUCUCAGUAAUUUAAAGCUCAUUUUGAGCAGGAUUCACUAACCCUCAAAUGGAUAUUUUCAGAGCAAAUUUGAACCUUUAAAUUAGACGCCUUUAAAUCAUUUUUUUUUUAUCACAAGGAAUAGACAUAGAAAAUACCCACAUCCAUCCCUCCGGCGUCCGUGUGGAGGAUGGUUCUGAUGGCUGGGAUGGAGCUGGGCUCCUGGGCCACUUCUCUAAACAACUCCCAAAGCCCCUGCGUAGGUCCUUCACUUCCCUGGAAAUUUUGCUGGCAUUUUCUGUGCAAAGCACAAACUGAGAUGAGGUACCCAUUGACCCCGCUGUGAGGCUGUGGGAUCCACAGCCCACCCACCCCUUACAAAGGGGCUCAUCCGUUAGUGCUUACUUUGUUCCCACAGGGAUGGGCUUUUGGAGCUGACUUAGGCAGGGCCCUCGGAGUUAACCUCCAGGCUGUGGUAGAGGUUCCUGGAUAGACUCCAGUGAAAUUAGUUUGUACUUGGGUCAUAGGAAGGUAUCUUUUCUUUAAAAAAAAAAAAUCAGGUUUCAGAGGAGUCCUUUUUGGGUCACAUAAAUACCUCACUAUCCUGGAAAGCCAGGCCUGGAUGGUGAUUGGGGUCGCUGCCUUUAUGGGCAAGAAUGGGGUGUGGUGUUGGUUUGAGCAGUGGGUGGGGGAGGGCAGAAGGAAAAUGUUUGGGAUCUUAGUUGAUGCCCUAGGUUAGGGGCACAGGAGUGUUUAUUUUAAGAACCUGCCAUGUUUUUUAAUCACUGUGAUACUUUCAUUCCUUUUCCCUAAAACGAAAAGAAAAAGUUUCCCUGACUCUGUCUAAGCACUAAGGGCUGUGACUAAGAUGGUAGCGUUUUGGUCCUUUGUGUCAGAACUGUGGUAUCUUUGUCUACUUUGGUUGUUAUUAUUUUUUAAAAUGUCAGGAUGAAUUGUCAAGUGUAUAGCUCUGUGUGUGUGUGUGUGUGUGUGUGUGUGUGUGAGAGAGAGAGAGAGAGAGAGAGAGAGGAGAGGUGUAUCUGUGCCUGUGUGUUUAUCUCUGUGUGUCUGUGUGUCUGUGUGUCUGUGUGUCUUUUGCUUCUCCAGAAUAAGAAGUUGUCUUCAUGCUGUGACCUGCUAUGGGUGGGCAGCUGACUCAGUCCCUCUGGGCAGUUUCCCCUCCAAUCCUGUCCCCACUCACUUGGUUUCUAUUCUUCCGCCGUAGGAAUGUGCCUACCCAGCCCAACACCGUCACCAUAGGGGAUGCUGUGCUGGGCUACUUCAGUGCGCCUGUUUCUCUGUCUGUGUGGCAUCCUAGCUCAUCCCCACUGCACAACUUGGCCUUUGUUUUCAUGACCUUGGAGUGCUUACCUCUCUUCCCUCCACACCAGGACACCGUGCCUCAGUCCUUCACCUACCUCGCCACUCUGUCGCUGUCCCCAUUGGCCCCUUUCUGGUGUCUCCUAAGUAUGUGUUCUUGCUCUGUUUUUAUUUAUGUCCCUGCAGUCUCCCUCUCACGUCUUCCUGCCUCCUUCCAUCUCUUCCCUUAUGCUUUUCCUCCUAGCCUCCACAGCAUCCCCACUGUAAACCCCGAUUAGCGGCAAGGAGGCGGGAUUCCUGGGAGGUCCGCACUCCAGAUGUCUGUGUCCUGGGUUUGUGCUUUUCCUCUUGGUUGGGCCUCGCUUUGCCUUGUCCCUUCCUGGUGUCUGUCAGUCUCUUUUCCCUCCCUGUUCUCCCCAUGGGGCAACAUCUGCUGAUGGAUUCCGUUCUGAUGUGUGGUUGUUGUGAUUUGUUCUUCUGUGUGCAGAAGGAAGGGACUUCUUGAAUCUCUUCCAAGUGAGAUUGUGUAAAUGUAGAAUUUUCCAUUGUUGAAUCUAGAUUUUUUUAUUCCCUCUCCCCCAUUUCCUUUUUUCUUUCUUUUUUAAAAAAAUCUUAUCUUCUUUCUUUCUCUUUCUUUUCUUUACUUUUUUUUUUUUUGGUUACAGAGCUGAGACCUUGUGCAUGCAUGUAGAAAAUUGUAAAAUGUAAAUUUUUUUUAAUAUAUAAAAAGCUUGUUUUUACCGUUUGCAGUGGAUUAAACAUUAUGGCAAUUUUAGGGAUUUUUUUUCUUAAACAUAGGAACUAAAACUGUACAAAUUUUUUUUAUAUAUAAAAUAAAGACAUUUGACUUUUG